CAACACUCAGACAAAAUAUUUUUCAAUAGACACAACGAGAUACAACACAUCUUAAUUUUAACUCCAACAUUUUAAGCCGACAAAAACAUGGAAACUGCAAGCCAACACCAAAAACGAUGCGAACAACAAAAUUUGAUGAACACUCUGAAAGAGAUCCAAAGAGAAAACGUGAACAGAAGAAUAAAUUGUGGGCAGACGAAUCCCGAACCGGGCCCCAAGAAGCGUACCCCUUGCUGUACCCUGUCAUCCGUGACGCCGACUCCCUUGAGCAAGGCCAACAUUUGCGAAAGAGAUAAAGUACCGACUAGAAAUUUUUGCACCACCCCUCGAGACGAAUGUGACAGACCUGAACUGACCGCGUACGGAAGAGAGUUUAUGGCGAACAAUGGAAAAUUGGUUACGAGGUGUGUGUGCGUAAAAUUCAACGGUCUUCAAGACUCGUGCCGGCAUCCCGGGUGCUACACCAAGGUUGGAUGUUUGGACAAUCCGUUUCCAACUUGUCCUCCAGCACAACAGUGGAAAACCGAUUACAAUCAAAAACAUAAGAAAAAUAAUAGAUGCUAA